AUGAUAACACGGAACAACGCCACUACCGACAACGUAAUCCCCUUAUCUGAUCCUGAGGCAAUACUCAAAGCCGGUAACGCUGAAAAGAGGCGCAUUAAACAAAUCUCGACCCAAUCUACUACUCUUCUCCCUUCGACAACCACCACAACUCCUCCUGGAAUCAUGGCCGACGAAGUUCCCCCAACCGGUAGUCAAGGACAACCAGCUGAUUCCACUCGCGACUCCACGCGUACUGCCGACGGGACCGACAUGAGCACCGCCAAAGAAUGGUUUAAAGCGGUACUCAAGAUACAACACUCGUCCAUUGCCCAGGCACAAGAAGACCGCCGACAAGCUUUAGAAGAUCGGCGAGCAGAUCACCAAUUAUUUCUUGCUGCCCAUCAAACUAGCGCAACCCGUAUCGCCCGAUUAGAGGACCUACUCCUGGCGAUGAAUGUCAAGAACGAAGUAAACGCUUGUGAAACCUACACCCAGUACAGGUUUCACAAGAGGUUCACACAUUAUUACAUAAUCAUAAAUUCUACGGUACUUAGUUCCUUUCUCCCCAUUCCCCUCCUAGCUCAGUAG